UAUUUUUUUUUCUUACCGUGCAACAUGAUCCUUGCACACUAGAGAGAGGAGGGGAAAGAGAAGCCGGCUUCUUCGGUCCGACAGUGACGGAUUUUAGUGGACGGUACACGGCUUUGGAGGAGGAGGAGAAUGUGCACCGUGGUUCUGUGACGACUGCUUGGACGGAAUCAAGAAGAGGAGGAGGAUGAGGACAUGUGGGUGACAGGAAGUGCUGCUUGUCUGCGUCAAAUAUCUCUCACACCUCCAGUGGAUGAUGAGGAUGCUUCUUGGAUGACUUUUGGGGCUAUUCAUGUUUUGUGAUAUGACCGUGAUGGUGCCUUCUCCUUUGCAUAAACACACGCAGAAAUGUGAAAGAUAAAGCUACAAAUAAUCCAGUUUGUCUUGCAUCUAGAGCCAAAGUAGGGCCAGCCUCCUGUGAUUGUAAACCGACAUGAGCUCGCUCUUUUUCCCCGAUGCUCCGCCACCACCUGCCCAGGCCGGCCAUGCCCCAGCGGGGACCAGCGCCCUGCGGAACGACCUGGGCUCCAACAUCCACGUCCUCAAGACGCUCAACCUGCGCUUCCGCUGCUUCCUGGCUAAAGUCCACGAGCUGGAGCGGCGGAACCGGCUGCUGGAGAGCCAGCUGCAGCAAGCCCUGCAGAGGCCGCAGUACCGUGGACUCUACGGCCGAGAGGUGGCCGUGCAGACUGACGGGGGUCCCGAGUCCAGGCUGCCGGGGACCAUAUGGACGUUCACACACGUGCGGAGGCAAGGUGAGCGUCUUGAGACCCUGCAUGGGCCCGGGGUGACGUGGACGCACCCGGACGGGGUCGGGGUCCAGAUAGACACCAUCACACCAGAACUGAGGGCUCUGUACAACGUGCUGGCUAAAGUGAAGAGGGAGAGGGACGAAUACAAGAGGAGAUGGGAGGAGGAGCUGUCCAAACGCGAGCAGCUGGAGUCUGCAGUGGAAUCCCUGCACCAGCGGGCCAGAGAGUCGUCAGAGAUUCAGGAUGAACUGAACGACAAGGUGGAGAGACUGAAGGCGGAGCUGGUGGUCUUCAAGAGCCUGAUGAGUGAUCAAAUGUCUGACCUGGACUCAAAGAUUCAGGAGAAAGCCAGGCGGGUGGACAUGGACAUCUGCAGACGCAUCGAUAUCACGGCCAAACUGUGCGAUGUGGCACAACAACGCAACUCCGAGGACAUGUCCAAGAUGUUCGGCGCCAGCCCGGCCAAGUCACUGCCAGAGAGGGGGGCUGUGGCAUGCUGCAAGAGGAAAGAGCGCAAAGUGGCGUCCGACGAAGAGGUCACUGAGAUGGACGCAGAGCCAAGCCCUUCAGAGGAGGAUGUCCCGGAGACGCUCAACAUCACAGACGAGAUGAAGCGUAUGCUAAACCAGCUACACUGUUCAGAUAACUCCUCUGUUGCCAGGCGUGAGACCUUCGAGCUAGACGACGAUUGUGACAGUCUAACGUGGGAGGAGAACGAGGAGACACUGCUGCUGUGGGAGGACUUUACAAACUACAAUGUGCCGUGUAGCUUCACAGCACCGCCUUGCACCAACGCAUUCCCAGGUGACGGUGUCAGCGAAAGCACUGAACCGGAUUCCCAUGACAGAAGUCUGGGCAGCCUCAUUGAUGAGACAGAGUCGCUCUUUAAGAACAGAGAGAAGGAAUACCAGGAAACCAUUGGACAGAUUGAGAUGGAGCUGGCCACGGCCAAGAGUGACAUGAACAGACACCUGCAUGAGUACAUGGAGAUGUGCAGCAUGAAGAGAGGCCUGGAUGUGCAGAUGGAGACGUGCCGGCGCAUGAUUAAAGGAGGCAGGAGUUCGCCGUCGUUCAGCUCGGUGGCCAGCAGCGACUCAGGGAACACCGAUGAGAUCCAGGACGAGAUUUCGGACAAGGACGCAGACGCCGAAGUCCCCGUUAGUUGAUGACUGCUUUGCUUGAAAAUUAUGGUGGUCUUUGCUCACUGGGGCGGGCUCACAAAAUUGGUGCUUUUUAGACAGCGUUGGUGGUUGUGAUGGGGGUUCAUUAAAAAGAAAGGGGUGCUCUUUUCCUCUCGUCUUCCUCGCUGGGUAUUCCAAGAGCUACAGUAUACGUCACAUUUGACGUGAAAACGAUGUACUCUACUCGCUGUUCUGUAUAAACGGCAUGAACAAGAAAUGGAGGGCUUGCAAAUAUUCCUCCUUUAUUGAGAAGUGUCGUAUCUGAGCUGUAACAGAGGCAGGAUUGCCGUGAAGCCAAGUCAGGGGUAUGAGGCUUCACACUUCUCCUGCCCCGUUGUGUUGGAUAACAACGGCAGCUGGCACUGAUGUAAUCUCAUUAUCUGAUUGCAGGUGUCGCUGUGUGAAACCACACGGUUAAGGAAAUUGCUGGUGGAUAAGUCCCGAACCUAUUGUUAGGACUUUGACGUGGCCAUUUGGCAGGACACUUGUGUAAAAUCGGCAUCUGUGUAGAGAAGGGGUGUACAAACAUUUUCUACAGAGGGCCGCAUACUGCAAAAUCAAAAGAUACAAAAAAUAUUAUAUUUUAGUCAAAUUGGUUAAAACCAAUCAGAUAGUCGUUUAAGGAAAAAAAAACAGCCUGACAUGCAGGCUGUUUUUGUUAUUAGCAUCAACAUUUCAACAUCUUGUAUUAUGCAUCUUGAUGCGGACUCUACAUCGGUCCGUUGUGGUGAAGAGAGAGCCGAGCCGAAAGGCAAAGCUCUCAAUUUACCGGUCGAUCUACAUUCUUACCCUCAUCUAUGGUCAGAAGCUUUGGGUAGUGACCGAAAGGACAAGAUCGCGGGUACAAGCGGCCGAAAUGAGUUUUCUCCGUAGGGUGACUGGGCUCUCCCUUAGAGAUAAGGUGAGAAGCACCGUCAUCCGGGAGAGACUCGGAGUAGAACCAUUAGUCCCCCGCAUUGAGAGGAGCCAGAUGAGGUGGCUUGGGUGUCUGUUCAGGAUGCCUCCGGGACGCCUCCCUGGGGAGGUGUUCAGGGCAAGUCCGACCGGUAGAAGGCCUCGGUGAAGACCCAGGACACGUUGGAGAGACUAUGUCUCCCAACUGGCCUGGGAACGCAUCGGGAUCCACCGGGAGGAGCUUGACAAAGUGGCCGGGGAGAGAGAAGUUUGGGCCUCCCUGCUUAGGCUGCUACCCCUGCAAGCCAAUCUCAGAUGAGCGGGAGAAGAUGGAUGGAUGGAUUAUGAAUCCUUGCUUUUUUUCCCCCUAUUUUUGCUGUUGGUUUGUUUUUUUAGUAAUUGUAUUUACACAAAUGCUUGCACUUUGGACACCCCUGGUCAGAGGGAGCUUUGCAUUACCUUUUGGGGAGGAUCCAAAUAUUUCGCUGUUGGGGUCCACUUGCAUUGGGGCCAAAUGGUGUAGUGACCCACAGAGAUAUGCAGAUAUUGGUUGGUGUAUACAGUAAAGAGGGGAUUUUUGGACGUUGAAGGGUCAAGACAAAUGUUGCCAGGUUGGUUUCCAAGGAAACGCUCCAUCCAUGCUGAAGGAGCAAAGAGGAAAAGAGCAGACAACCGUUUUUUUUUUAAUGAGUCAGUGCACUACUGAAGUUCUAUGCAAAGUAGCCGGCCUUGUGCAUAUCGACUAGCUUGUCUUCUUUGUUGUUUUCUCCUUAAACCAAUAGUUAGCCUUUUAACCAAAGCAGGUGUUUUUUCUACAGCAUGUAUAAUUAGCUUUUUCCCCCCCAUUCUUGAGAAUUUGCCUUAUUCCAGAAGCAGAAACAGGCUGUGCAUCAUUUGCCUCGCACGCUUUGUGCAGCACACUGAUAAAUGAAGAAAACAUUAUACAUUAAACAAAUCCAGAAUACGAUCAAAGCCAAACAAAGAAAAAAAACCAAAGGACAUAUUUUGAGGUCUUCCAUCCAAACUGUCUUUGUGUUAUGCAGGCUUUUUUUUAAUGCAUAUCAUUCUAUUUCCCUGGCUUCAUUUGUUCAUUUAGGGCUGCAAACAUGUGAUCGCAUACCCCAGAGGCCUUUUUGUUAAUAGAGACGUCACUGUUUUGUUUGUCAGUGCUUUCUGUUAAGUAGAAUGUUCAUUUCAGCAUGUUUAUAUGAGCAAGAAAGCCUUUUUUUUUAAAGUGAAACCAGUGUUGAUAUUAAUCAUAGAUUUGUUUUGUUUUUUAUCUUGCCAUGACUAAUUACUGUGGGUUAUGUCAGACGAGAGUGAAUACCGCUCACAGUA